CCGCAACUCUAAUGAGUAAUGACUAAAGACUCUUCUACAUAGUUCCAAUUCUGGGUUUCGUUUUCUCUUUCUUCUUCUUCUUUAACCGUAUCUGUUAAGUUGAAGGUUGUUCGUUAUGCUGAUUGAUUAUCAUGCACAUGGUGCAAGUGGAUGAUACAAGUAGAAAUGGAUUUCAUAGUAUUGUUUUUGCUAUUGGCUACACUAUGUUCUUCAGAGCUUGAAAAUAAUUCACAAGAGGAAGCCCUAUAUGCAUUGAAGUUAUCAUUGAAUGCUUCAAAAAAUCAGCUUACUAACUGGAAUAGAGACCAAGUCAGCCCGUGCACUUGGUCUAAUGUUUACUGUGACCCAAGUGGCAAUAUUUAUCAAGUUUCACUAGCAUUUAUGGGAUUUACAGGAUACUUGACACCAAGAAUAGGAGCAUUAAAAGGUCUUCAAACUCUUGUUCUAAAUGGGAAUGGCAUCACUGGAGGUAUACCAAAAGAAUUAGGAAACCUUACAAGAUUAGUCAGAUUGGAUCUGCAAAACAACAGAUUAACCGGUGAAAUACCCUCUUCCCUUGGUAACCUUAAAAAGCUUCAGUUCUUAACAUUGAGUCAAAACAACCUCAACGGAUCUAUUCCUGAAUCAUUAGCCAAUCUUCCAAGCCUGAUCAAUGUUCUUCUAGAUUCAAAUGAUCUCAGUGGUCAGAUUCCAGAAGGCUUAUUCAAUGUUUCUAAAUACAAUUUCACUGGAAAUAAGUUGAACUGUGGCAUGAAUUAUCGUAAACUUUGUGCCUAUGAUAUUGCAGACCAAGGUUACUUGUUUGAAAUAUUUGCUGAUCCUUUUCUAUUUUUGAAGGCUAUUUAGUAUUUACCUCACCCACCCCUGCUACACACUGUAUUCUGAAGAAUAGUUUUAGGUUUAGUUGUUCUUAUUUGUCUUGGUGGUCUACUGUUCUUCUGGCGCAAGAGCUACAAGCGUGAUGUUUACGUAGAUGUUGCAGGUGAAGUUGAUGGGCGAAUUGCAUUUGGUCAGCUGAAAAGAUUUGCUUGGAGAGAACUGCAAAUAGCUACAGACAACUUUAGUGAGAGAAAUGUUUUAGGACAGGGAGGCUUUGGGAAGGUUUAUAAAGGUGUUCUACCCGAUGGCACAAAAAUUGCUGUUAAAAGGUUAACCGAUUAUGAAAGUCCUGGUGGAGAUGCUGCUUUCCAGCGUGAAGUUGAGAUGAUAAGUGUAGCUGUCCAUAGGAACUUGUUACGGCUGAUUGGGUUCUGUACGACUCCAACGGAGCGCCUAUUAGUCUAUCCCUUCAUGCAGAACCUAAGUGUUGCCUAUCGUCUUCGAGAACUUAAACCUGGGGAGGCUGUUUUGGAUUGGCCUACGAGAAAAAAAGUGGCUCUGGGAACAGCCCGAGGCCUAGAAUAUCUUCAUGAGCAAUGCAAUCCUAAGAUUAUCCAUCGGGAUGUGAAGGCAGCUAAUGUAUUACUGGAUGGAGACUUCGAGGCAGUUGUAGGAGACUUCGGUUUAGCAAAGUUAGUUGACGUUCGAAGGACUAAUGUGACAACUCAAGUUCGUGGGACCAUGGGCCACAUAGCUCCUGAAUACUUGUCCACUGGAAAAUCUUCAGAAAAGACUGAUGUCUUCGGAUAUGGAAUAAUGCUUCUAGAGCUUGUUACAGGUCAACGUGCAAUUGACUUUUCACGUUUGGAAGAGGAAGACGAUGUGCUGUUGCUUGACCAUGUUAAGAAACUUGAACGGGAGAAAAGACUAGAUGCUAUUGUUGAUCGCAACCUGAAACAAAAUUACAAAAUAGAAGAAGUUGAAAUGAUUGUUCAAGUUGCAUUACUCUGCACACAAGCAUCACCAGAGGACCGACCAGCAAUGUCGGAGGUCGUGAGAAUGUUGGACGGAGAAGGACUGGCCGAAAGGUGGGAGGAAUGGCAACACGUAGAGGUCAACCGGAGGCAGGAUUACGAGAGACUGCAAAGAAGAUUGGGGUGGGGAGAAGAUUCAAUAAAUAACCAAGAUGCCAUUGAGUUGUCUGGUGGAAGAUGAUACGAUCAAUGAGGUCAUCAGUGUCUUUGUAGAACAAAAAAUUUCUGUUAUUAGAGUAUCCAAAUUACAAUCACACGUCAUAAAAUGUUGACAGCUGUGGUUGAAAAACAUGAGCCAAACCCAAAAAAUUUGGGGAACAAACUCUGUAGUCUGUUUUAGUGAAUUACAGAAAUUCUUCCAUGUAAUUCCUUAAAGUAGUUCAUGUGCAUAGAGCAAACCCUUGUGAGAAUACAUGAGACUUUUCAACCAAAGCUAUGAACAUGACAUUUUGGAUC